UGUGUUGUGUAGUGUAGCAUGCUGAAUUUGGCAGUUGUGUGAUGAGGGGAACGUGAACUCACGUGUCAUCAUAAUGUCAUAACUUUUUUAGGAACUCUGACAUAUGCCGCGUUCAAAUACUUGUUGGAACUAAGAAACUCUGAAAUGUUCUACAUGGUUGUAGCCUAGUUAUACGUGUGCCGCGUUCAACGAAUCAGUAAGUCGGACAUUUCCUAGUUCCGACUAGCAUAUGAACGUGGCAAUAAUGAUAAGUGUCAUAUAUUUCUUAACUUUCAUCCUAAAGUUUAACUUUCCUACUAAACAAUGAGGAAAAUAAGAUCAAUAUCUUGGCUGAACAACCAACGUUGAAUUGCAUUGAAUUCUACAUCGGGCUGAAAUGAGCGUUUGAAUCAGGAACGUUUCCUCUCACGACCUCUACAAGCCAGAAUGUUGAAUACAAUUCUAUUUUAACAUACUUUACAGGUUGGCCUUGUGAAUAGUCCUUUUGGCGGUAGGAAUGUCGCACAAUCGGCUAUAUCAACAAGAAAGUAUAAUUACACAAACUUUUCAAAGGGCUAGUAGUGCAGUCAUAUUUCUAUCACCUGAAGCAUGUGCUGAACCAUGGAAACACGUGCACGAGCUCAGCAAGUCCUGCCUGUAUUUUUAUGUUGUGGGCAUGCUUCAGUUGAUAGAAAUCGGAAUGCACUACCAGCGCUUCGAAAAAUUGAUGUAAUUAUACUUUCCUGUGGAUAUAUUGUCUCACAUUCCUACCGCCAAAAGGGAGUAGGUCCAGUGUGAGGUGGGAUGUCUGGCCGUGAGUCUGUGGGAGACCUGAUCCCCCAGGACGUGGCGGAGGUGUUUGCCCAUGAGAGGCAAACCAAAGGGGUCCGUAGGAAGAAGCGUGGGGGCUCCCUGGGUCGGGCCUUCAGCUGGUUCAAGGGAAAGAAGAAGAAGGAGGUCAAUGCUAACGGACAGAUCCAGGACUUUCAUUCAGUUGGUCCAAAGACUGGUAAGAUCUCCCCACAGGGCCACAGCCAUGCAGUCCCAAAGCAGGAGGAUGAGGGGACUCACGUCCCUUCACACAUCCAGGAGAAUGUGUUCAUCGAGGGCAGCCGGCCCAAGUACCUGGAGGACCUGCAUACUGAGGCCCAGGAGGGACUCAAACUUCAGCAGCAAGAAGAAACAAAUAAUGGGGUGGAUUACCAGGAUGACCAAAGCAUCGCUUCGACAGUGACCCGGCAGCCUGACGAGACUGAGAGUGACAGUUACAGAGAGAGGAGAGGCUCUUUGUCAGACAGCACUAUACUAGACACCAUGUCCCAGGUCUCAACGCGCUCUGCUGUCUCCACACAGUCCUCACGGUCAGGACUGACCCGCCAAGCAUCAACCUUCAGGCCCUUGAAGUCCGAGAAGAAGCCAGAGAAGGCCAAGGCCAGGAAGAGACACAGGAGAACCACAGUUAUGGGGAUACCACAACACAUCCAGAGGGAACUGGGGCUGGAUAGAGCAUCAUGGGCAGCUCGGCAGGUUAUAGACGAGGACGGGCUCCAUAACGGGGAGAGCCUGGACAUCCACACCAUCGAUGGGCCUCACCUAGCUGAUUCCCAGGAGGGGGUGAGGAUAUAUCUCCAGUCUGUAAAAGGCCUGCAGCCCGUCAGUGAGGACCAGGUUCAGAAGUUCCCCUCCCAGGCCGGUCACACGGAUGACCUGGCUCUCCUCCAGCGCAUGGGCCCCCAGCUGUGCGGCCUGAAGAGGCCCAAUUCCCUGGCCGUCCCCUGGAUGACCACGGCGUCCGGCCUGCUGCACCAUCCCCCCAGCCCCGUCAUGUCCAUGUCCCCCCAGGCCACCUACAUGUCUAAGAUCAUCCCCAAUGCCGUGCUGCCACCCUCCAUCGACGUGGUGGAGAUUAGCCAUAACCGCAGCCGGAGCAGUGUCCGUACCGUCAGUAAGAGCAGACUGCUGCUGGCCAGCCCUGCCUCCUCCAGAGCCUCCUCCCGCACCUCUGCCAUGUCCUCCACCUCCCGAUACAACCCACCACACUUCUCUGACAGCUCUGGAUGGAGCCACUCUGAGUCCUCCGAGACCCUGGUGUCUGACUCCUCCACCGUCUCCUCCAACAGCACCACCAGACAGGGGGGGGAUGGGGAGGGCUCAUCCAGGGAAAUGGCCCUGGACAGAGAGAGUAUCCACUCCUCUGUCAGUAAGGCCUCCAGGACCUCAACCAUCAAAGGCAAGGGGAAAGCGAGAGGGGGUGAUGGCAAACAGGAGGGGCCCUUCAUCCGGAGCCUAUCUGUGAUGAAGUCCAAGAGGGCACCGGCCCCACCCAGCCGCUCCUACUCCUUACACAAGGACAAGAUGAAGCGGCGCUCGCGGGACCUGACUGACAUCAGGGUGGCUGCCCUUCCCCAAAGCAGCCCAGUCCGUGGUGGGGAGGCUAAGGCUGUCAGUGCUGGGGAGACCGGCUCUUCUCCCAUGCCCUCCAGUAACAAAAGUAGCCCUGGAUACACAGCAGACACCAGCUCUCUGGAUGAGUCCUCGGGCUCUGUGACCACCAACUCCUUUAACACCCGACAGCAGGCAGCCAGGGAAGAGGAGAGAAAUGAGCAGCCAGGCUCCACAGGCUUCUCUCCCCAGAAACAGACCCCCCAGGAAAACAUCCUGAAGAAGACUGUUUCCCCCUCCAGCGGCUACCCCAGCCCGGGUGGCAUGCCCACCCUCACCUCCGAACAGACCCAUAACUCAUCCCCAGGAAACAAGAGGGGCAUCCUGGCCAAAUUAUCAAGCAUUUUCCCCAAGGCACCAUCCCCAUCACCUGUUAUUCAGCCACAGGCCUCUGACAGCAGUAAGACGCCUCGUCCAUCCCCUCCAGUCGACACUGCCUCACCUUCAGUCGACACUGCCUCACCUUCAGUCAUGGCACUCAGAGAGCUGUUCAACAUCCCUCCCCCACCCAAAGUGUGUGCCCCCUCUCCUCCUCCCCCGGAGGUAUGGGCACACAACAAGCGCACUUUUGAACUGCUGCUAGGUCCCCCGGCCCCCAACAACACGGAUACGGUGGUGCGAAAGAACCCAAAGGAUCGACGACAGCAGAUGCAGUCUCCUUCCACAUCAAGAGAGGCUUCUGUUAAGAAUGUGUCACCUGAGAGGAGAGGUGAGGAGUCUGCACCAGAGCAGGAGGCAGGAGGUGUGCUAGAGAGGGUCACUGAGCCUCUGUCUAAAGAGCAGACCGGUAAUCCAGCAGCACUAACAUCUGUGUCAGGAAGGGGUCAGGAGAGUCCAAAGGUCCAGGAAAAAGAUGGGUUGAGUCCAGUGGUUAUAGAAGUGGGAGAUAAAGGACCGACUCAAAUAGAGCCUUCUGAAGGUAUGAAAAGGAAUAGUGAAGUGGCACAGAAAGUUGAACAAGAGAGGGUACAAGGAAGUCAGUUGGUGGUUGAACCAGAGAAGGUCAAGGUUAGUCAGAUGAUAGGUAAACUAGAGAAGGUCCAGGCAAGUCGGUUGGUAAAUGAAAAGUCAGUGAACGCCUCAGUCGCUCCAGGAAGGGGCCUAGGAAAAGUAAAGCCAGAAAUACAGACUCCUGCUACAGAGAAAAGGACUGAAUCUCAACUUAAAAUGGACACGUUGUCUAUGCUUAGCCCUGCUCUAGCACGCAUCUCGCCAUCUCCUUCUCCUCCCCCAGCACACUAUCCUCCCCUUCCCCCUUCCAAACAGACCACGCCAGUGACCAUACUUGGGGUCCCCUCAGAUUCUACACCCGCUCCAGAGCUCCCACUAGUCUACCCCACUGAGGAAUCCUUCUGGCCUCCUCCCCCGCCUCCCAUGGACUUGGCCACCCUUGGCGAUGAGCUUGACCUCCCUCUUCCCCCACCACCCAGUGGUUGUGAGGAGGGGGUUAUGACAGAACCUGUGCCCCCUGUUUCAGAGGGGACAGUGGGUGCUCCAAACCCUGCCCGACCUGCACCUCAAGAAGUUUCAUCUGUACCCCAGGGAAUACCGCAACCCAGUCCAGGGAUCACAGAGUGCCAGAACCAAGAGAAGUCCCUCAGCAAGAGUUCUCCCACUCCCCCAGAGGAGGCCCCCACUCCUGUGGUCACCCCCUCCCUUCUGCAGAUGGUCAAGCUGAGGUCUGUCAAUAAUGGUAACCAGGGUCUGAAAAAGGACCAGAGUCAGGGACAAAACCAUACAGAGGUCACUUUGAGGGCCAAACAACCCAGUAACGGGGAGGCUCCCCAGAAGCCUAUUCGAAGGUCUCUGAUCAUGACAGCUCCCCCUCCCACUGUCACAUCCCCACCUACUACUGUUGUCUCACAACUUUCCACAGCCACUGUCCCAGAGGCAGCCCUAACCUCAGCCACUGUCCCAGAGGCAGCCCUAACCUCAGCCCCAACCACAACCAAGUUCCAGCCCAGCAUUGUUAAUUUACCCUCAAAGUCAUCUACUGUCACCUCUCCUACAAGUAAGUCCCCUCCUGCCUCAGCCACCAUGAGGAUGCAGGAGGCCAUUCGCUUGAGGACAGAGACCAGAAGUAAAGAGGGGCCUCCCUCUCAUCUCAGCCUGCACUCCCCAACUUCACCAACAGGUCUCAAGUUCCCCUCAUCUACCGCCAGUUUCAUCCCCUCAUCUACCGCCAGUUUCAUCUUCGCCAAGAGCACAAAGAAGGUUGUCAUAGAGACCCUCUCAACCCCUGAGGCCCAGGCAAAUCUCACAAAGAACCUGGUGGCUGAGCUUUCAUCUAUGUCCAAUCCAGCCAAGUCCACAGAAACACAGGAGGUGGCAGGCAAGGUGCCGCCACCUGUGGCAAGGAAACCCAGGCUUAAGGUGACAGAUGCAGAGCCCAGUGUGGAGACUGAGCAUGUGCAAACUGCGGGACAGGAAGCACAGCCAGCAAACAACACUGAGGGUGCUCCAGAGGCUCCAAACGGGACAGCAGUUAGUUUUGAAGUGUCACCACCAUCCACAUGAGCAACACUGCCACUUGGCAAGGACUAAUCAUUCACAAAGACAGACUGACUUUUACCUGUAAAUUGAGAAGACCCAAUGUGUCAAACAGCAUAUGUCAAUCACAAUCUGCAAGAGGGAGAGAGAUGGAUCAAGGGGUGAGUGGAUGAGAACUACAGAGCUUUCUGAAGACAAGGCAACAGGACAUAGCUAAAUGUUGCCCUCUCAACAACAACAAAAACAAUCCUUUGAGUUUAUAUGAAAAUGGUGUUGGUCUUUAAUUUCUCUAAUACUAUUUUUCUAUUUUAGAGUAUUUUUCUUUGCCAGAAGGACUUCUUACUCGUCUGAUUAACAAUAGACAGCCAUGGACAGCAUGCUGGUCUAGGUACAAGUCUAGGUUGCCCUCUAGUGUCAACUAUGGAAUGUUACAGCUACUGCUGUUUGGUACACAAAACAAUGAGUUUUAUAAUCCACUUGUCUGGAUUAUAUACCAGAAUGUUGUAUUUUUAUAUAUUCAUAUCAUUCAUUAUAAGAUCAUGCACUAUUAAAUUGUGUUAAGUUCCCAUUUCAUCCUUCAUGUUUUUGCAUGAAACAUUAUUUACCUAAGAUCCUUUUCCUGUAGACGUCUUCCAUUACAUUUUGGGAGAAAAAAUAAUUAGGGGGGUAAUUAUUAAAUAAAUUAAAUUAAAUAAAUAAUUUGUUUUUUUGUUUUGUUCUACGUUUCAAUAUAUGUCAAUAUUUUAUGAAGUCAUCUGAUGUCAUCAUAUUUCCUUAUCUUCCUUGCAACUAAAAUGAUGUCAUCAGAACUGGAUGAUGUCAAUUGUUCUGAGGAUGAGAAUCAUAUUCAUGCUGAGAAUCCCAAUUCACAUGUUCAUGUUUUGUUUCUCUGUUGUUGAUAUGAAUGUUCAUAGACUUGUACUGGAAGCUCACCUUGUGUGUAAAUCAAAUCUCAGUCUUUCACUAGGAGUAUUGGGGCAAAUAGGUAUUACUUGUUCCUCAGAUUUAGAUACAUUUCCUUUCAACCAGGUAGGAGCUAUAUUAUACAUUGCAUUUAUGUUGCUAAAUUGUCCAGAAAUUGGGAUAUUCCUCAACUGAAUGAAAUCUGCUUUGGAAGUACUAAAUACUGUUCAAAGUGAUUUCAAUGAUAAAUGAUUAAGUAUAGUUUCACUUAUUUCAAUAUAACCGAAUAAAUUGAUUUAUUCACAAUGAA